UUUAGGAAGACGAGGAGUUUCCUCUAAAAAAAAAGGAAGACGAGGAGUCACAGCGGCGAUUUAUAUUAUUGCUUCAACCCCACCUUUUAAUCUAUCCAAGUAUUUCCUAACUAGAAACUACAAAACUCGCUUCAAUUAAGAUCUUCUUCCUACAACAAUGAGUGACGUCUCUGCUUCCAGUGGAUGUGAACGAUUUUUUGAGGAAACGAGGGAUGUUUCGCCUGCGAACUUGCUGAUGAAAAUUGAAUGUUUUUCGUUAUUCUCAAAGUAUGGGAUUGACAAGUACGAAUCCAGGACAUUUGAAGCCGGAGGCUAUAAAUGGAAACUGAUAAUAUAUCCUGAUGGUGAAAACGACUACCUUUCUGUAUACUUUUCCAUUGCUGAUGCUGAAUCCCUGCCUGAGGGGUGGGAGGUUAAUGCCAUAUUUGCCUUCUUCGUGCACAAUCAACUAAUGGACAAUUACCUCUGCUUUCGAGGAACAACGCGCCGUUUCAAUUCUGUUAUUAAAAAAUGUGGAUUUUCUAAGAUGAUGUCUAAGAAGAGUUUAAUGGAUCCAAGUAAAGGUUAUGUUGUGGACGAUGGUUGUGUGUUUGGGGCUGAAGUUUUUGUUAUCAAAAGCCAACGUGUCAAUGAAUGUUUGAGUUUGGUUAAAGACACAUCUGUGUUUAAGCGCGAAUGGAAGAUUUCGGGAUUCUCCAAACUGGGAGAUGUCUGGAAUUCGGAAGAGUUUGAUGUUGGAAAUCACAUAUGGAAAGUUCGGUUGUAUCCGAACGGGGAGACUUCGCUCGAAAAAGGCCGCUAUGUCUCCAUCUAUCUUGUGUGUGUUGGUUCAGAUGAGUUUGGUCCUCAUCAGAAGGUGAAGGCAGCGGUUUUGAUGUUCCUAAAAGGCAAGCUCAAUGCUACCCACCACUCUUACAAUUUAAAUCAUUGGUUUAUAGCUAAUGAAGGUUGGGGAUUUAACGAAUUUAUAUCAAUUGAUAAAAUGUUCAAAAGUGGCUUCCUUGCUGACGAUUGCUGCUGUGUAGGAAUUGAAAUCACCGUUGAAGCUGUUGUGCUUGAUGCACAUAAAAGGCUAAAAUCUAGCUAGUUUUGAUAUUACUAUUUUGUUAAUUCAGAGAAAUGAUAGUAAUAUUUUCUAUGCAUCUGUUUUGGAUUGUUUUGAUAUUACUAUUUUGUUAAUUCUGGGAAAUGAUGUUCGCUAUUUCUUGUUAA